UUGUGACUACCGAAGUUGAGUUUUAAUUUUAUUUCAUGUGCAGUGCUUGAGGAUAGGACGACCCUUGUUUUUUAAUAAGAUUUCAGUAAUAACGAUUAAGCAAUACAAUUAAAUCUUAUGAUAAGUACUUAGAUAAAUGUAUUUUAGCGCUUGGAAUGAGGUGAUAGUAAUAAAAAAAACAGUGUCUUCAGUAUUGUGCCUACGUACUUCCUACAAUGAUUAAACUUUUGGGGCAAGGCUCUUCUGUAUUUUAUGUAAAUUAGCAUGGAUAAGAUUGGAGUGACGUAUUCGUGGUUAAAUAUAAUCAUUGUGAGAAUUGUAGGAGUGCAGUCAAGUCCUACAAUUCAAGAGUGGUGAACUCGUACAACGUAAAUAAACUUAAUGGAAGUGAAGAUCUAGUUGAGAAACAGGAUGCCACCAAGACCGCCACCUCCACCCGGUCCUCCUCCACCUCCAGGCCCUCCACCUCUUCCAAUCUUUGGAAGUUCGAAAGCUUCAGGCUCGGUUGAUGACCGCAGUGCAUUACUAAGUUCAAUAAGACAAGGCGCAAAGUUAAAAAAGACUGUUACAGUAGAUAAAAGUGGACCACAUAUUCCUGGUAAAGUGUCUAAUAGUGUUUCCAAUAAUGCAUCAACAGUUGGGAAUGGAGUUAAAAGUAGUGGGAUGACAAAUGGUGGUGCUAUGCCGGGUCUAGGUGGACUUUUUGCAGGAGGCAUGCCUAAAUUAAGACCUACUGGAAAAGGAUUUACUAAUAGUGGAAGCACAACUCCAAAUGGUCAAGUAAGCAGUAGUGGUAGUUCAUCACCUCGUUUUCCACAACAUAAGUCACCAGAAAAGUCAAGAUCAUUUGGAUCCCCUGGAGGGAACUUAGUUGCAGCCCUUUCUGAAGCACUUGCAUCACGAGAGUCAUCAAAAGAUGUUCGAGAGUCACCCAGAGAUCAGGCACCGUCUAGACCAGGAGUUAGGAGGCAGCCCAGUGAGGCUAAAACUAGAGGACCCCCACCAGAUCCCCCGGUACAGAGGAACCCCAUGCCUUUGAGUACAUCAGACUCGGUUCUAACUACGGGUGUGACGGAGCGAGUGAGUUCCGAGCAGAAUUUGCCUCCUCAUGUCGCCUCCACGCUGCAUCGCAAUAGGAGCUCGUUGCACUCGGGCUCGCAGACGUCUUUGGGUGGUUCUAUGUCUUCGCUUACAACAGCGCCCCCGGCAGCCACGCCGGCGUCUUCGCUGUCCACCUCGGAUCUCUCAGAGCGGCCCAGAGUCAGCCAUGGGAAGCCCAACUUGGCUCCCAAACCGCCGACCAACCAACCCGACAGGCCUUCACCUCCGCCUAAAAAGCUCCUUGUUAAUGGAAAAUUGGCUGCCAGGGCGCAGAGUAUGAGAGUGCCUAGGUCGCCUCCGGUGUCCCCGCCGUCCCCUCCGGGACUGUCUCGGCCUCCGCAGCCGCCCCCAGCGCCCCAUAACCCGCCAAUUGCAUCCAAAAACAAUGCAUCGCACUUUGGUACCCUGCGAGCACCUCGCGGUCUGCGCCCACCCGGGGUUUGUCCCCCUCCGCCGCCGGGUGCUCCGCCGCCUCCCCCCGGAGCACCGCCGCCGCCCCCUGCCCGAGGGGCUUCGCUGGCGCAACCUCCGCCGCCCCCGCCUCAUUAUAGGCUGAACAGCACAAACGAAGAACCCCACGCGCCUGCACCGCCCGUCCGUGGUUCGUCGAUACGCGAACGCGCGGCCGAAUUUGACGCUCGCUUCGCAGCCUUAUUCCACCCGAUGACGUCAUUCCCCGAUCCGCCGCCUUUCCUACGCGUUACGAAAGGCUAUUGCAGUGCCUCUGCGCAGGUGAGUAAGGCUCAGGCGCCGCCGCCCCCGCUGAAGGUGCCCCUCGAGGGCUGGACGGGCACGUCGAGCGCCUGCUAGCGACCGCCGGGGGCUCUUGCCCCCGUCACCUACACGCGCUCGGCCACCACGGCACACC